AUGCCACAGGGCGAGGAUUGGCUCGAAAGAGCUACACGAAGAGCGAGACGGCGGAACGAAAAGUCGGAGAACUCCUUUAGGCCUAUGUUUUCGAACUAUAAUCCCGGUUUCCGGAGAUGGCAGGCCUCAUACAAAGACACACGGAGGACAUCCAGGCCGACAGAUGUCAAGAAUGAAAGUCAAGCGACGGGCGGCAGUUUUGAUGCUUUCUUGGCUUGGGUAUUGCGGAAUUGGGCCCAGAUACGCAGAAUUCUGGGGAUGCCUCUCGAGCUCUUGCGCCUGCUAUUCAGAGUAGUGCCGCCGUGCACUUGGCUCUAUAUCGCCGCCGCAGUGAUGGGACUAUCGGCGGUGUUUCUCGCGACUGCGACAGCUACCGCAACGGCACGGUCCAGCAUCACACAUCUGGGCAGUUACCUCUCACUAAGCCCACUGAACAGUCUAUUGCCACAAUGGCUCGCAGGUAACGCACAAAUUUUCGACAAAAAGGAAUACGAUCUGGUUCUAGGAUCGUUGUCGACCUAUCACGAUGACCUGUGGAUGGGGGCUCGCAAUCUUUCCUCUAUCCUACGACAAUCCGGGAGCGAUAAGAGCAGCAGCUUUUCCCUGGAGUGUUUGAGAAAGGCCCUCCUAGGGUCAAAUGAUCUAGCAUCACUAGCUGAGAGGACGGGGCACGAGAUACUCAUCAGUGGUAGUAAUCUAAAGUCCACAGACGUAGGACAGACCUUCGCGGUUGAUAUUCACAUCCAGGACAUCGUUGCCGCAAUCCAGUAUGAGAGCAAUGCCUUCCAUGACAAGACACAGAAGAUUUUACAAGAAUCUUACCAGGCUUCUUCGGUACUACUCUACCUUAUCGAUCAGAACCCUGCAGAUAAGAUGGCAGAUCUAAGCUGGGCUGACAGGUUUCGGGCAAUCGUUGCGCUGCCAGAGACUCUGCUUUGGGAUAGCCCGACAGUGACCCAGAAAGCCGUCGCAAGAAGGGCUAAGCGGUUUAUUAAUAUCCUGAAAGGUGUCAAGGGCGUUGGGGACGAGAUCACAAAGUAUGUUAACACCAGCCAGCUGCGCCAAGACCUUGUUAUGUCGGUAUGCGCACUGGAAAGAGUUUUCCAGGAAGCGGCGUCGAUCGGAGAACAUCGCUACGAUGACCUGAAGGCACUGGGCCAGGACGGCAUCGCCGGGAAAAGUGUCGAUUAUGAGAAUGUCGGAAGGGCAACGCUCCACUUGGAGCUCUGGCGCGCCAUGGCUUCGAGCCAAUGUCGGAUAUCGGUGUUGGAAAUGGAAAGGUUUGAGAGGAGAAGGACCAGCCUGGCAGACUGGAAGCGGAGCACCGUGGCGCUGUCAGUGAGCCUAGAGGACCUCCAGAAAAGAGUCGAGGGUCAGGGUGGUCUUGAAAAGGAGAAAGACAGCGACGCGAUCGACGUGGAGAUGACGCUAAAGACAAAGGCUCAAGAGUUCCGGAGUACGCUACAACAGACGUUCUCUUAG